AUGUCUUCCACGGCUGCUGGUGAGCCCAAUGUGGACCAGCGAGACAGGUGUAUCAGCAAGCUCAUUUUCUUCCUCUUUGUCUUUGGUGCCAUCCUGUUGUGUGUGGGAGUCCUGCUGUCCAUCUUUGGAUUCCAGGCAUGCCAAUAUGAAACCCUGGCCAACUGCAGCCUGGUGCUGAAGGUCGCCGGGCCCUCAUGUGCUGUGAUUGGGCUGGGGGCUGUGAUCCUGGCCCGCUCCCGGGCACGACUUCAGCUCCUGGAAGAGCAGCGUCGAGGCAACCAGCUGGACCCUAACCAAGCCUUCAUCUGUGGAGAGAGCCGUCAGUUUGCCCAAUGCCUCAUUUUUGGGUUUCUUUUCCUGAUGAGCGGCCUGCUAAUCAGCAUACUGGGCAUUUGGGUCCCUGGAUGUGACUUUGGCAGGGGGCAAGGGUCGCAGAAUGAGACCGACAUAGCUGGUUCUGAACCCCAAAUCUGUGGGUUCCUGACUCUGCAGAUCAUGGGACCUUUAAUUGUACUUGUGGGAUUAUGCUUCUUCGUGGUCGCCCACGUUAAGAAAAGAAACAGCACAAGUGCAGGCCCGGACGCCUUGGAGAGUGAAGAAGGACAAGUCCAGAGCACGGAGCCCGUCCAGGUCACUGUAGGUGACGCGGUGAUACUAUUUCCACCUCCCCCACCACCUUACUUUGCUGGGCCCUCUGCUUCCACUGGAACUCGAAGUCCUCGGGCUAACAGUUUGCUUCCGAAUGAAAAUCCACCUUCAUAUUACAGCAUUUUUAACUAUGGCAGGACCCCAAUUCCUGAGGGCCAAGGCACAGCCGCUGCAAGAGGAAGUGAAUCUGUAUAUACGAUUUCUGGAACUAGUCUUUCCUAUGAACUCUCGCCUCCUCUACACCUUCCUUCUGAAUCACCUCCUAGAUACGAAGAAAAAGAAAAUACUGUUGCUACAUCCCUGUCUCCAUCUUCCGAGCCUUCCCCGCUGUAA